CACAUGCAUGCAUUCCCACAGUAUAUCUUGCCAUUCCAAACACUGACACAAACUGUAUGUAACCCUGGUUUAAUGUCUUGCUGACAAGUCAACUUGUCAUAAAUCCUGAUGAGAAUUCUGCAGCCUUUGACACCAGAAGAGCAUUUAAAAGAAAUAUGUUUUACAUUGAAUACAAAUACCUGAUAACUGCAAAAACAUUCCAAGCUUAUUAGAUUAUUAUAGUUAUGUAUUAUAAUUAUACAGCGUAAGCUACUUGUACUUGUGUUGCCUGUUAUACCACAGAAAAAAAACACAAUGCAUACUAAUUUCAACACGGCUCCUGCUACUGUAACGCUGCCACUGGAAAUUUCACACCUGAUCUUAGGUAAAAGAGGACAGUGUCAUUAUGUUUUGUUAGCAAUGAGCUAAAAAACUAAAGCAAAACAUCAUCAAUUAGCGGUCGGUAAGAAAGGAAGCAAUAUCAUCCUGUACAAGGAGCCAUUGCAAAGGGAUUCACCAGAGCAGAGCAAUCAACCUUUAUAUAUCUUCAAAGUUGUAUUCAAAUGCUAUCUGUGUUUAAAUGUUAGACAAAGGCAAACCUUGUUCAAACUGUUGUCUGUUGCUUCCAGUAUCAACUUGACAGUUUUAAGUGGGUAACGGACAGCUGAGAACAGCUUACCUUGAUUAGGAGCCAGGGAAACCUCUACCUAAGUGCUACCUAAGUGUUGUAAGCCUCAGGUAGUUGGGCAAAGUUCAAUAUCCCUAGAAUGACUGCACUAAUCUGCUCUGAAGUGUUUUUUGAAAGAAGUGUGUCAUAAGGCGAGAUAUGUGUACGCCUUAUAGUUUAAAAGGACUAUAUCUUCACCCAUAAAACAUUCAUGUCUGUCUGUAACUGAGCUCACUCACAGUUUCUACAGUGAACUUUAUACUCCAUUCUGUUUACUUUAUUCAUGUAGCUGGCAACAGCAGUAGGCCAGUGCUGAAAUAUGAAUGGGAUAUUGGUAAGAGACCUACAGUACGUCUAAAUCAGCAUUUUAAUCAGCAAGUGUUGUUUCUCUAGUCACUGACAGACUGGACAAGGACACAGACAACUGCAGUAAAAUGUGUUUCCUGAAUGCAACCCCUCACGCUUCCUCAUCCCUUAGACAAGCAGUAUUCAGCUGAUAUGCCCCCGUGUUGAAUCUGUAUUGUGUGAAGAUGCUGACAGGGCCCACCGUGGUGGAGUAGUGCAGAUUGAUAGAUACGCCAGAGGCACGCUAACUUCAAAGGUGUUUGUAACCGAGAGACAAGCAAUGCAUUUACAUGUACAUAAACCUGAACCUCCCCAGGCACUAGAUACAAGAUAGCAGAAAGUCACACUGUCUGUAGUUAUUCUGACAAUCAGGACUAACUUAUUUAACUUUAUAAACUUUUGUUACACAGGUUGUUUUUUAACCCAGUGGGCUUCGAAACGUAACGGAUAUGGCAGUUGUAAGUUGACUUGUGGUUUUGCUAAAAAUAAAUCUACUCUGAUCUCUGAGACUUUCUCAGCUCUAGCAAAGCUACAAGUUCACAUAUUCCUCAAAAUUAACAACAAAGGUUGAACAACAGUUAGUCUAAAACGUUUACAUUUUAGAAGAGAAUGGGAAUAUAUACAUACAUACUGCUAGGUAAAGUAGUAGAGGACCCCCAAAACGGUACCUCUACAAUUCCCUUUCACAUUAUUGGGACUCUACAAUUUAUCAAAAAUAUAAAACUCUAUCAUGCUGCUUUAAAUAAAUGAAAUGAUAAAAAUUAUCAAAAUAAAAACCCAUAGUCCUGAGUUAAGUUUAAUUUUAAAUCCUGUUUAAACACACGGUGGCAGCAAAACUACAAGUAACCAAUAUAUCAGUGGAGCAGAAGUUAACGACCACGCUGUUAUUGUAGUUGUCAUUAUUGGUAAUAGGAAAUCAAACAUAUAUGGUAUUAAUAUUAUUACGAAAUUAUGCUAAAUACAUUGAUUUACGUUAAGUAUAUUGGCCGGUUUCAAAUUGUGUCUAAAACUGAAAUACAAAAAAAUCGUGGACAUGCUAUUUAUUUUCCCUUCGUAAUUUACUGAAUUUUAAAUGUAAUACAAUAAACUGUUGUGCUAUUAAUGCUAUAGUAUAAUCUCAAAGAACAUUACAGACGAAUGUUAAUGGAAAACAAAAGAUAAAUAAUGUUUAUUUAAAGUCGCCGGAAGUGAAAUCUUUCAUGUCCGGGUCAGACAAUGUUUACUGUUUUAUGGUCUAGCUAAGUCUAAUUUUUGAGUGAAAAUAAGUUUUCGUGGCGUUAUUUAACGACGAGUUUAUCGUUUUCUUACAACAAAUGGCCUCCCAAAUACCCAUAACCAUCAGGGCGCAGCCGGUGGCGGCCAGCUCUGCAGCUCUGCGGGGAAAGAAACGUCCGGGCAGUCCGGCGGUUUCAGCCGUACCGCAGUCCACCGGGAACGGCAGCAAGAAGAAGAAAUCCCCGCAGACGGUGAUACCGACACCACCGAGUCAGGUUCCAGUAGUGGAGACCGUGGCAGAGGUUAAAGCAGUUGGAUCGUUAGACAGCGGUCAAACGGUCACCUCAGAGCCCGCAGCAAAACCUCCCCCAUUCAAGGACCCCACGUUUAUGCAUUCUGGGAUUGGAGGAGCAGCAGCAGGCAAAAAGAACCGGACGUGGAAAAAUCUGAAACAGAUUCUGGCUUUGGAGCGGACGUUACCCUGGAAGCUCAAUGAUCCCAACUAUUACAGCAUCGACGCCCCUCCUUCUUUGAAACCAGCCAAAAAAUACUCGGACAUCUCUGGACUUCCGGCAAACUACACAGACCCUCAGACCAAACUACGCUUCACAUCAUCUGAGGAGUUCUCUUACAUUCGCCUUUUGCCCACUGAUGUUGUUACUGGUUACCUGGCGCUACGGAAGGCGACAUGUAUCGUACCCUGAAUGCAGACUAAGGACUGGACCUUAGUAUCGAAUCAAACUAGAGCUGGACUCGAGUCUUUCUUACACGUCUUUGAGAACAUGAGCAGCUGAGAUGCUGAUUGAGUCUUAAAUGUUACUGUGAUAAUCAAUUCUGUACUCGUUUAUUUUGUCUUUUUGAUAAACCAACCAUCAAUUAAUAAUUGCUUUGAUAGGAACUGAAAUAUAAUGAUACAGGUUAUUUAUUAAAAUGUGAUUCACUGUGUCCAAUAUCAGUGUCUGUUUUUCAACAACACACAUCUGUAUAAAUCCAUUUCACUUUAAGAGUGACAUUUCUGUGAAUAGUUUGUUAAAAGAACAAAUGUAUCUUCUGUUUUUAAGGUGACAAAGUUCCACAUUUUAUUUGACUUAAAGAAGAAUUAAUAAUCACAUUUUUUCUUCUUUCUUUGUUCAUUUUUACUUUUUAAACUCACGUUUCUUCUUUGUGUUUUUCAGCACAAACUUAGCAACAUAGCAAAGUAUUGCCUGCAAAUGUAGCUGGACUACAGCUGGAUUAAAAAAAAAAAAGAAAUUCCCAAAUGUAAAUGUGAUAUUAUUGUAAAUGUAAUUUGUUUCUUCAACAACUGCAUUUGACACAGUGUUUAAUUUCUCCCCAGUUUGUGCAGUGAUGGCAUAUCAUUAAUCUUACUUGACAUCAGAACAGAGUUAUUUCCACAGUAUAUUUCAUGCCAUUUUUCGCCAACUUGAUGAAUGAGUUCCAGUUCCACUCGCAAUAAAGACACGCAAUAAAAUCACCAAACCCCCAAA